GCGAUUUCUGACUCUCACCAUGGAUAAAUUUCUCAAUGAUAUGGAAAGAGAGAAACCAAUCAGAUUUACCUCUCAGCAGCUCAGGAUUGCAACAGACAACUUCACCAAUUUGUUGGGUGCAGGAGGGUUUGGAUCGGUGUAUAAGGGGAUCUUUAGUAAUGGAACCAUUGUGGCAGUGAAGGUUCUAUAUGGGAGCUCUGAUAAGAGAAUUGAGGAACAAUUCAUGGCAGAAGUUAGCACAAUUGGAAGAGUUCAUCAUUUCAAUCUGGUUCGUCUUUAUGGUUUCUGUUUUGAGAAGAACAUGAGAGCACUUGUUUAUGAGUACAUGGGGAAUGGCUCGCUUGACAAGUACUUAUUCCAUGAGAAGAGCAUCUUGGGAUUCGAAAAGCUUCAUGAGAUUGCAGUUGGGACAGCCAGAGGGGUUGCUUACAUGCACGAAGAAUGUCAGCAGAGAAUAAUCCAUUAUGAUAUAAAACCAGGAAAUAUUCUCUUGGAUGCAAACUUCUUUCCUAAGGUUGCUGAUUUCGGUUUGGCCAAGUUAUGUAACAGCGAAAAUACUCAUAUCACAAUGACAGGUGGAAGGGGGACUCCUGGAUAUGCUGCACCAGAAAUGUGGAUGCCAUUUCCCAUGACCCACAAGUGUGAUGUUUACAGCUUUGGAAUGUUAUUAUUUGAAAUCAUAGGUAGAAGAAGGAACCUAAAUAUCCAACUUCCAGAGAGCCAGAAGUGGUUCCCAAGGUGGGCUUGGAAAAAGUUUGAAGAUGGAGAACUGGGAGAGUUGACCAUUGUUUGUGGGGUAGAGGAGAAUCAUAUAGAAAUUUCAGAAAGAAUGGUUAAAGUAACUCUCUGGUGUGUUCAGUAUAGGCCUGAAUCCAGGCCUGUGAUGAGUGUUGUGGUGAAGAUGUUGGAGGGAGCAGUAGAAAUUCCAACACCUUUAUGUCCAUUCCAGCACAUGUUGGAUGUUAGUCCUGGCCCUAAAGUAUUUUUCAAUCCAUUGCAGUCAGGUAGCACUUUUGAUUCGGAAUAUUCAUCUCAAAUACUGGUUGCAGGAUCUGGAGGCUUUGUAUGUGCUACUCCUGUGAUGAGGAAAUAUGAGAUUGAAAUGGCUUCUACUUAG